AUCUAAUUUGUUCAAAUUUUAUUAGUCGGCUAUGAAAACAUCAUCACUAUGUCAUGGCCUUCAGAAAUAAAAAGCAAUAUUAAUAACAAGGGAGGUGCAAACAAGGCUUGUGCUGCUUGCAAAUUCCAAAGACGAAGGUGCACUAAGGAUUGCAUUCUCUCCCCUUAUUUCCCAUCAGAUAAACCUACAACAUUCACCAACGCACAUCGUUUGUUUGGUGUUUGCAACAUGACGAGGAUUCUCAGCAAGAUCAAACCAGAACAGCGGGAUGAGUGCAUGAAAUCAAUUAUAUUCGAGUCCGAUAUGCGUGCACAGUUUCCAGUAGAGGGUUGUUUAGGUAUCAUUCGUCGCUAUAAAGAUGAUCUAGCCAAGGUCAAUGCCGAGUUACACUAUGUGCAGAGGUGGAUCGCUUAUUUCAAACAACAAGAACAAUACCACCUACAGCAACAGCAGCAACAACAACAAUAUCUUUCUCUACCAUUAAUUCUGACACCAGAUCAGCCAUACAAUCAAAGGAAAGAUGACUGCACCAACAUUGUUGCUCUUCCCGGUAUUGGUGUUGGUGUUGGUGUUAAUGAUAAUAAUGUUCAGAAAGAAAAUUCCAAUGAAAAACUCGAUUCGAAACUUGGAGCAUUGUCGAUGUGCGAACAAUUUGUGGAUUUAAAACCGUCAAAAGAUAAAUUAGGUGAAUGCAGUGCUUAUUCUUGUCAGCAAGUUGAAAAUCAAGUUCAUGCAAAUCAGAUGGAUCUGGAGUCUGAUCGGAGACUAUUAAAGUUUUCUCCACAAAACAAUACUAUUGACUACAAACACAAGGAUGGAGUUUCAAUGGUAAACAUCUUGCAUGAAGGGAAACAACAUCGUAUGGACAAAGAACGUGAUCUUUCAAUGGUAAACAUCUUGCAUGAAGGGAAACAACAUCGUAUGGACAAAGAACGAGCAAAAAAUGAUCGUUAUAUAUGA